UGCUGUCAGACGGACACCAAACGCUCAAGCCAGGGCCAUAUUUCUCGUUAGAAUGAUUCUUCUCAUCAGUUUGUCGAUAUUUAUUAUUUUUGUUGUACUUUACUGCCUGAAAGAAGAUCCGAAACCAAUAUUUGGAGUUUAUCAACAGAAAGGAAAAUGGUACCCCAUCAAGUUUGCAAUUUUUUACAUCAUUUAUCAGCUACGCAAGUGGUCCAGAAACCAGGUUCAAUCAGCUGCAAAGGAGAAGCAAGAUGAAAAGCUUGACUCACCACAACAGUUGUCUAGUGAUCCAAAGGCAUUUGAUGCAGUAUUCUUCAUGGCAACCAACAAGAAAGGUUUUUAUUUUGUUGCUGGUAGUGAACGAAGACCAUUAGGGGUGAUAAAUGGUCUUUGCUAUUUAAUCGUGCCUGGAAUAGGUCUUCUGUGCAGUCAAAAAAUACCAGAUACUGUUUUGUUUGGAGCUAAUGAUAAUGAAUUUGGUGCUGAAGGGAUCCUGUUUAAACCUGUUACACCAAUGAAGAAAUGGAAAGUGAGCUAUAAAGGAAAAAUGUGGUUACAGUCAGCCUCUGCAAAGGAAUAUGAAGUGGAAGUUGAAGGAGACUGGGUAUCAGACUUACCAUAUUUCAAUUUUGAUACAGAUUUAGCUGCAUCAGCAAUUGCUAGAACAAUUGCUACUGAAAAAUGGACAAAGCAGUACUUCAAUAAUCUUAAAAUGGCUCAUCAGUCACAUUAUGAACAAAUGGGUUCUAUGAAUGCAGUUAUUAAAGUUAAUGGAAAGACUUAUAAAGAAGAUAUGCAAGCAUUCAGAGAUCAUAGUCAUGGUAAUAAAAGAGAUUGGGACUUAAUGCAUCGGUAUGCCUUUCACAUGUUUUUCCUGGAAAAUGGUAUGACAGCAACCAUAGGGGUGAUAUGCCAGCCAUGUACAGGAUCUAUGUUGGAAACUGGCUACGUAUAUACACCGGAAGGUGAUGUUCAUCCAGUUGAAUGGUGUGACCUGAAACUAUAUCAGCAUGGGGAAUGUGGGACUCCACCUGUGGACCAUGCAUUUUCAUUUAAAGCAGGUUCAACAGUAUAUCAUGCACAAGUUAAUGUGGAAUACUUGUCAACUCACUAUGUAGGUUGGAAAUGGGAAGCACGAAUGGUAGAACGAUUCAUUAAAUGUACAGUAAAUGGAAUUCCUGGACGAGGGGUUUCUGAAUUUCACUACCACAACAGCACUGGAAGGCCUGAAAAAGUUUCAAAGAAUGAUCCACAGUGGUUUCAAGCACUUAAAUAUAAGUAGUAUAAGUUGCAAUUGUUAACAAUUUUGAAAAAAAGGACUUUUCAAUGUGUUACACUGUGUUAUUAAUUUAAA